AUGGCUGCUGUUCAGCCGCAAGACGAGAAUUCGUCAGAAGACGGAAUGCGUGCUCAUUCUACCGAUGCGAUGGUGUCGUUAAAUACAGAGGGGGGGUCUGCAAAUGUGUUUCAGUCCUCAUCGAGAAGUGCGCUGUCGACGGAAGAGCAGAAGAAGCUUUUUGAAAGUGUGAUUGAGCAUUUGAAAAUUAAGUCUGUGGAUGAAGAUAGCGUGAUGGCGCAGAACGAUGAUGUUGAGAUGGAGUUUGACCUAGAGGACCAGAGGGCGAAGAUUGAGACAUUGAGAGAAGUCUUUCAAUCAGUCUCACAGCUCUGGUGGUCGGGGAGUCAACAGAUGGAUUUGGUGGUGGAGAAUCUGGCUGACAAAAGUCGAGAUCCUCGAUGGAGAAUACCACUCGGAGAUUCUGGAAUGCUUGAUUUCUUUCUUCAAGUUCUCAAUACCAAUCCACCGUCUCAUUCUCUUCAGAUACACAUGCUCAGGUUGAUUGGUAACUCAUGCGCCGAUACUGAUGAGAAUCGAGCGCGAGUCAUUUCGUCUGGGUCCCUAAGACCAAUAAUCCACCUCUUGGAGGAUACUUCUCUGUUGCCAUUUACCAUUCCCGUUCUGUAUAAUAUAUGUGUAGACUAUGAACCGGCGCAGCAACAAGCAUCCGAUCUUUUCCUUAGCAAAGAGUUGGUUCAGCUUAUAUCUAGUCCUUCAUUUAAUGAUAGUAGAUCGUUUUUAAACUAUAUUUGUCAAAUUUUGGACCUCUUAGCCACAAGACCUUCAGAACUCGAAGUAGCGCCAGAAAAUAUUGCUGUUGUGCUUCUUAUGCUUGCCAUAGACCGCGAAUUUCCAUGCGAUUCUGAAGACUAUCUUGCGCUCGUUAACACUGCCAUCGCAUAUAUGAAGCAUGAGAAAUUUCAAAAAGCCCUCAUCACACUAGGCGGUUUAGAUACUACACUUACAGUUUUGAUCGAGUCUUACACCCGCUUCGACGCACAAGUCACGCUUGGCUCAGCUCAACCUGAUGAAGAAGAUGCUAAGCUUCUUUCGCAAAUGCGAACAAAUUUUAAUCAAGUUCUUUCAGACGUGUCGGCAUUACCAGAAUUUAAGGAGGCUUGCCCAGUCGUAUCACCGUUCACAAGUUCUCUACGUCGAUGGCUCUCGAGUCCGCAAUUACAACUUCAAGUAUGCGCCUGCAUCAUGCUCGGUAAUUUGGCUCGUUCGGAUGAAGCUUGUGUGGAAUUCGUCCAUACUUCUCAAGUCCACAAGCCGCUUAUUGCUAUUUUAAAGGACGCAAACGACUCACAACUUCUCCAUGCUGCUCUCGGCUUUUUGAAAAAUCUAGCUCUUCCCGACAAAAACAAAGAUGAGAUUGGAAAUGCCGGUAUCAUUCCAAUACUACCUCGCCUGUGGCAUCUUGACACUUUACAGGAUAUCCAAUUCUCUUCCAUAUCAUUAGCUCGACAACUUAUAAUCAACAGCUUCAUGAAUGUACGCAGAAUAUGCAAAAGACUCAGCGACGACGAAGACUCCCCAGCCAACAGCCGAACAUAUUUAUCAUUCCUCAUCGGCCUCUUCGAGCGCACCGACGUCGAACCCAUCAAAAUGGAAAUCUCCCGCCUCGUAACAGCCCUCUGCCGCGUCUUCGAAACCUACAAGGGAAAAGAACUCAGCAACCUAGCGAGUGUCCGCGCCAGAUUCUUUAGCAUGCACCCCGACAUCGGCAGACCCCUCAGCUUCAUGGUCUCUCAAAACAAGUGGCCCGUCGUCCGCUCCGAAGGCUGGUUUGUCUUCGCCCUCAUGGCCCGCUACCCUGAAGGCGCACAAUGCAUCAGCGAUCUCCUAAACGACGUCGCCGUCUUCCAACCCCUCAUGGAGUUGCUCACCGGCAAGGACCUCAUCGACCCCAAGUCCUCCACCCUCCAACCAACACCCGCAUCCCCGGCUUCUCUGGCCAUCGAAGGCCUCACGCCAGGUCAGUCAUCCGACACCCCGCAACCGCAUUCGCAAGCCGCGCAGAUGGCGCGUCUGGAUCGCGAGAAUGCGCUGGUGCUUGUGAGUGAGAUGCUGAAGAAUCGCGGGAGUGACAUGGCUGUCAUGCGUCGCGCGAUGUUUGAGGAUUUGUUGAAGGGGGGUGGCGAGAUCGUCUUGGCGGCCAAGGAGGGGGGAACGGUGGCGCCCAGGACGAGUAGGGGUGCGGAUGAGAUUUUGAGGGAGUUGAUGGGUUGA